AUGUCAUUGCCACGUAAACCAAUAAAGGCGGCAACUAGCGGGUAUACAGAACCCAUCGAUAUUUGGCGACGGUACGCAACAGAACUCGAGGAGAAGGCCCUAGUUGACCCAUACUGGGAUAUCUUCCGAUUCACUGAUUCCUUACCGGACCCCACAGAACUUGUCAGGAUAGUUGGACUCUUCCUGGCCCACCGUAUACUGCAAGACACUGAGUAUCAGAACAGGCUGACUGUCUUCGACUCGGUGAGUAAGUUCCUUGGGAUGGUCCAAGAGGGGUAUAGGCAGAGCUAUGGUUACCAUACCAAAAUACACUCAGCUGAUACGGCCAUUACCCUCUACCAGAUGAUAGGGGUGUAUGAAAGACCACGUGGGAUUGAUGCAUUGGACGAGCUGGCUGCAAUACUUGCAGCUUUCGCUCACGACGUAGGUCACCCUGGGUGGUCCAAUUCCCUUUCCAAGGCGUUGGGUAUGGGCGAUCCCGAUGACCCACACCCACUCGAGAGCAUGCACGUACGUGAAACGGCGAGGAUGCUCACUGUAGCUGGGCUCGAUGAUCUUCUGGGUCCCCAUAGGCUCUCUAUGAUGAGGGAGAUGAUCCUUUGUACGUGUAUGGAAUAUCAUAGCACGAUGGUCGAAAAGGCUCAGAACUACGCCAUUGAAGACCUCACUACUCGACUCAGCGUUCUACUACAUGCGGCAGACAUCUCCAAUCCUACCAAGGAAGCGAGGUUGUGCCAAAUAUGGUCUAUUCGUUGUUCGUUCGAGUUUUGGAGGGAGCAUGAUCUAAGCCGUGAAAUCGGCGUGACUCCUCCUUCCAGUGUGCCGUCUAGAAGCCUCACAUCGCCUGGGUAUGCGAUCACCCAGUUGGCCUUCUAUGAGAACGUCGCCCUCCCCCUUUUCGCCGCUCUGGACCCCAAUUCGGAGUGGACCAUUCGACUUAUGGCCAACAUACAGUCACGUGUCGACCUUAUUGCUGCCUAUGCCCAGCCUCAAAUGAAGACGACUAAGCAGUGGAGAGCUCAUCAACCGCACCUGAGCGAUGCUGAUGUCUAUGCAUGUUCAGAGGAUGAUGGCGAGGUGUGUGUAGUAACUCCCUCGAUCUCAGUUGAGAGAGAGCCUGAGUUAGAUGCCCAACCAUCAUCAUCUGAUCAACGUCGAAGGUCCUCGUUAUUUAGUGUAUCGGCUAUUAGCAGCUAGAGGGUGUAUAUGUCGUCAUCGUAGUCUACUUGUCGUCCGUCUAGGUAUCGGUUUCUAGUCCGUAGACCGGACUCCAGUCCGAAGAAGUGCGGACUACUUCCCCUCUAUUACUACUACGUCUCCUCCGGAGUGCUCUCCGGUUACGCUGCCAUCUAGCCCUAUUCCCCAUCAGCCCUCCGGCUCGUAUGGUGCAGUUCACCACCUUCAGAGAGGAAUCAAUUCCUCUUUAUCCUUAUCCUACAAUUUCUGUCAGCAUGCACCGUUAGGGAUGUCUCUCUCUAUCGCUGCUUGUAUAGGAGCCACCUAAUUUCAAGGCGGGCUACCACUAUCACCAUUAUCAAAGUUUAUGCUGUUCCUUCCUUAUGUUCCUCUAUCACUAACCGCAGCCAUUGAGACUGCUGGUGAUCUAAUAAGAUUUCUCCCUCGCUUAGUUGUGGUAAGUAUGAAACGAUCGAGUUAAGAUAUUUAUUCUGUUAAUUCUGUUCUCUCCUGUGUAUUGAUGAUGAUGUGUCUGGUUAUCGUCACCAUAACCAGUAUUCCGUCAUGCGUCUGUCUGCUGUACGUGUAUAACCUUGUCACUAUAGCAGUGUGCAUUGACCACAACU